AUGAGAGCUAAAUUAGAAAGUGCUAUUGGCUCUGUCAUGCACAAAAGUCAGCCGUGGUUUCACAAUGACAUUUCACGCGAUGAAGCAGAAAGGCGUCUACAGGUGAUGGGAUUGCAAGAUGGAAUGUUUCUUAUCCGUGAAAAAGACCCAGGGUUUGUUCUUGGCCUUGCUCAUGAAAACGCUGUUGUGCAUUACUUGUUUGAUGUUGAUGCACUUGGAAAACUGUCAAUCAAAUCUGGCCCAAAGUUUGAUAACCUGAUGCUAGCGGUCGACCAUUACACACAACGAGAGGAUGGUUUGCUGUGUAAAUUGCGUGAACCUUGUAACGCUGAGCUGUUUGAUGGUCGGCGGAGAACCCCUUCAACAGGAACUCGUCCUCCUGGCCUAUUUGAACAAAGAAGAUCACCCAGCAGCUCCCUUAAUGAGAACUCGCCUUUUGCUUCAAACCCUUUUCUGCGUGCCGGGUCAGGGACUGGCGCUAUGGUGCCUGAUAUAAUACGUGAAGGUACA